UUCACAUCACAUCGCACCCCUCCCAACCGCUUCACUUUAAACCUGCUGCUGCUGCUGCUGCUGCUGCUCGUUCAUUUGUAUAUAUCUGAUCCCAAGAAAAGGGAGAUCUGGUGCCUCGGUAUUCUUCGGCAUUCCAAUAUAGCCCGUGUGCCUCUCCAUCAUGGAUAUGCUGGGGAAAAAAGAGCGGAGAGGCAGGGAUGUGAAGGGCUUGCUGAAAAGGAACUGGGUUCUCAUUGCAACCAUCGCCUCAGUGAUACUAGGAAUUGGACUUGGAGUAGUUGUACGGGACUAUGCCUCUCUGUCCCAGCUUGAGAAGCAGUACUUUGGCUUCCCAGGAGAAAUCCUGAUGAGAAUGCUAAAGCUAGUCAUCCUGCCUCUCAUCGUCUCUAGCAUGAUAACAGGAGUGGCGGCUUUGGACUCGGAAGUGUCAGGGAGGAUUGGUCUACGUGCAGUCGUUUAUUACUUCUCCACUACAGUCAUUGCUGUCAUUCUCGGAAUCGUUCUUGUGAUGACCAUUAAACCUGGGGUCUCUCAGAAUGUGGAGAAUAUUGAGAGAGCCGGAAACAGUCCAAAUGUGACCACCGUGGACACCUUGCUGGACCUUGUUAGGAAUAUGUUUCCUGAAAAUCUUGUGCAAGCCUGUUUUCAGCAGUAUAAGACGCAGCGCAAAGAGAUCGAACCACCAAAAACCAACAUAAACGCAACUGUUACAGCUACAUUUCCACCACUGACUACAAUUAUCACAACUGUUGCACAGAAUUUGACCAAGGACUACAAGAUCGUUGGAAUGUAUUCAGACGGGAUUAAUGUUCUUGGUCUCAUCAUAUUCUGUGUGACAUUUGGCCUGGUCAUCGGCAAGAUGGGAGAAAGGGGACGCAUCCUUCUAGAGUUCUUUGAUGCUCUGAAUGAGGCCACCAUGAGACUCGUUCACAUUAUUAUGUGUUACAUGCCUGUCGGCAUCUUGUUCCUGAUCGCUGCCAAGAUCAUUGAGGUUGAAGACUGGGAAAUCUUCAGGAAGAUGGGCCUGUACAUGGUCACAGUGCUCAGCGGACUUGCCAUCCAUUCCAUCAUAUUCCUCCCACUUAUCUACUUUGUCUUUGUGAGGAAGAAUCCAUACACCUUUACUUUGGGGAUGGCACAGGCCCUGGUGACAGCCCUUAUGAUUUCCUCAAGCUCAGCUACCCUGCCAGUCACCUUCCGAUGUGCAGAGGAGAACAACAGGAUUGACAAGCGGAUCACCCGCUUUGUCCUUCCAGUUGGUGCCACCAUCAACAUGGAUGGCACUGCCCUCUAUGAAGCUGUCGCUGCCAUAUUUAUAGCCCAGUUAAACAACUAUGCCCUGGAUGCUGGGCAGAUUAUUACCAUUAGUAUCACGGCAACAGUUGCCAGCAUUGGUGCAGCGGGAGUUCCAAAUGCUGGGCUGGUAACCAUGGUGAUAGUACUCACAGCUGUGGGGCUUCCAGCCAGUGAUGUCACCCUCAUCGUUGCUGUUGAUUGGCUGCUCGAUCGCUUCCGUACCAUGAUUAACGUCCUGGGAGAUGCCUAUGGCGCUGGAAUAGUCCAGAAGCUGUCAAAGAGAGAACUGGAGAGGAUGGACCUCACGUCAGAUGUGGAUGCGGCCAACCCCUUUGCCCUAGAGACCACACUGGAUGACGAAGAGUGUGAGAAGAAAUCGUACGUUAAUGGUGGAUUCACCAUUGACAAGAGUGAUGCCAUUUCCUUCACUGAAACCUCACAGUUUUAGAGGUGAAAAUGUGCCAUUGCUAAAAGGAGGGUUCCGAGAGGUAGGAGCCAUUCAUAAAAUCAGUGCCAUGAGAACGAGGGAAACUCAUUUCAGAGGACAUGAUUGAGUGCAGACAUUAGCAAUAUCUGCCCUUGCUGUUCUCCUUCCUUCAUUCUGCCCAUAACUGUGCCCUUGAACUUAUAUCAAUGUAUGCGCCAAACAGAGAGAAAAAAAUGUAAAGGAAAUAAGAAAACAACUGUGCUUCCACUGUUCAGGAAUAGUUCACCCAAAAAUGAAAGUUCUGUCAUUAUUUACUCACCCUUGUGUCAUUCCAAACCUGUUUGCAUUUUGUUUUGUUUUUUUGUUAAAUGUUCAUGCAGCUCUUUUCCAUACAGUGACAUUUCGGGGGGGGUUGUCAGAAGUUUUUUUUUGGGGGGGGGGGGUACAAGGAAAAUCCCUCCUAGGCCUUGCCAUGUCCAUCCCGCAUUUUCAAAUGAUUGUUUUGUUACUGUCGAACCAAUAGGGUUUGGCAUUAAUGAUGUCAAACUUGACCCAAUGAAUUAACGCACCAUUUUUCUGAAGGCAGUCUUGUGAGAUUUUAAAGCUUCGACAGGUGGGAAGAUUUUCAGUUAAUAAUUACUUACAUUUUGGUCUAUUCAUCACAUAAAGUUAUCGUAUGGCUUCAGAAGACUUGGAUUAUAGAGUGUGUGUCAUAUAGACUACUUUUAUUGGGCUUUAAUUGUGCUUUUUUGUUCUUUUUAGAGCUGGACAUACUGCAUACUGUAUGGUCACUAUGAACGUAAUGUCAUUUGAAAAGAGAUGCAUGAAGAUUCUUCAAAAAUUCUUCUUCUCAGAAAUAACAGCUUACAGUUUUGGAGUAACAAAAGGGUGAUUAAAUAAUGACAGAAUUGUCAUUUUGGGGUUAAAUAUGCCUUUCACAUGUCGCCAUGAGUUAUGCAAAUGCAUUUUAUAUUCUUUUUUCUUAACUGCAGUUUAUUCCUUUGAUUUCAUUCUAACCAGUUGCUUAAUUGCUUUUAAGCAGUAGAUGAGGUUCAGAAGUUUGUAUAUGUGUAUGAGAACGAGCUCUGUGCAAUACUGCGUGUCCAUUGAUUUAACAGAAACUCAGCAGUUUGAUGUACAGUAUGCAUUGCAACAAAGAGCAUGUUCCUAGCUAGACAAUGCUAUUAUAUUACAAAAACCUCCGACUUUACAGUGAAAACAUUUGCUUUGAAUUUUUUGUCUUUUGCAGUCUAAGUUAAUCUUUUGUUUUACACUCAGCAGAGUCAAAUAUGUUGCUAUUUCUGUAAUUGCACUCGCUAUUGAAAGCCAAAUGUUUAUUAGCCUAGUGUGUCUUUCAUUUCAAAUGUGUGCCAAAUUGAAUGUGAUGAUAAGAAAUUAACAUUUUUAUACAAACUUUUAAAAAUUAAAACAAAAUAUUGCAUGAAGCAAUUUGAUGAGGAGUACAGAAAUGACUUUUAGAGUGAAAAGCAAAUCCUUGGUACAAACUUUCAACAUACAAAUACAUUAUUUUGUCAUAAUUAACAGUGAAGGUGGCAAACCUUAAUAGUUUCUUCAGCAAGCCACUGAUUUUAUUUUAUUUUUUUAACGAAUCACACAACUAUUACAUUUUAAGGGCACUUAAACAUCAGUGCCAAAUUUAUAUCACUGAGCCACUUUUACGUUUCUUUCAUGUUAUUUAAUUUCUUUAAAAUUCUGUGUUACAUCAGAAAUAAGGGAAAACUAUUGAUGUGAAGCAUUAAUGGUCUGUGUUUGGAGUUCUGAAACAGAAUUUACACUGUAAAGCACAUCAUUGUACAACUGUGUUUAUACAGUAGUCAAACUAGUUAUACUGUAUGAUUCAAAAAGUACUGUAUGUGUAUCUACAAAAUAAUAAAGACAAACAUGUCAACACCUGAAAAAUAA